AUGACUAUUUUGUCGCUCUUCAGCCAGGUUUCCAUUAAGGCUGUGAUGUUGAUGAAAUCAUCCACACGGCAGCAGCGCGAGCCAGAGUGCCAACGGGAAGAGCUGCGCUGUACUCCUGGACAGUUUGCAUGUAAUACUGGAACAAUUCAGUGUAUCCCUCUGACUUGGCACUGUGACGGCUGGCAGACCUGCGAAGAUGGCAGCGAUGAACUGGAUUGUCCAGGUAUAAUUGGCGAUCAUCAGAUACAUCGCAUGAAGGAAACAGUGGACUUGAAACAUGGGCGUGGCAGAGGAGCUGAGGACACCCGCUUUUACCCUGUUAACAUGGGUCAGCCAUUUCAAUUGGAACGGAAGUGCCCAACUGGCUGGCAUCACUAUGAAGGGACAGCGAGCUGUUACAGAGUGUAUUUAAACAGCGAGAACUAUUGGGAUGCUGUCCAGAUGUGUCAGCAAGUGAAUGGAUCACUGGCCACCUUCACGACUGAUCAGGAGUUACGGUUCAUCCUGGCUGAAGAGUGGGACCUGGAGGAGCGGCCAGUGAGCCGCAAGGACCAGCGCAGAUUCUGGGUUGGCUAUCAAUACAUGGUAACCAACCGAAGUCACACCUCCCUCCAGGGGCAAUGGGAAGUAGCCUACAAGAGCAGUUCCUCCGAAGUCUUCCUUCCCCCAGAGAAGGUAACGUUCUUUGGGAUGACCAUCUCUGAACAGGAGAAUGUGUUAUGUGCUCAGCUGCAAUGCUCCCACUUGCCCAGCCUACGGCACCGUGGAUUGCACAGCUGGUAUGCAGAGAACUGCAAUGAGAAGUCAGCAUUUCUUUGCAAGAGAAGUGAGUAUGCUCUUGGGAAUACCUGCAUAUAG